GGAGUUAAUAAUUGGAAGUAAGUGUAGAGUUCCGUAUACAACUUGAAUUUGUUUGAAUCACUGUCUGGAAUUACGUGUCUGCGUGUCAGUGAACUGCUCUCUCGAAGCUGAUUGUUCAUGAGCACCAUUUCAUACCAGCAAUAAGGCAUUCCAGGUACCACAUUUCAGGGUUACAAUUGCCCUUGGGUGGAUGAAGCCGCUCAGCUUAUGGCUUCUUGCCUUAUAAUACCACACCAGGGUGCAGCGUUCAACUAUCCUGGACUGCCUGUUGUGUUUUACUGCAGCGCCGUAUCUAUGUGUGACCACACGGAGCAUAGUUUGAAUACUUACAUGUACAGCACAUAUGUUAAGAGAAAAACACAAAUGAGGCCAACCGUACAUCUAAGGAAAUUACAUAUGUUGUAGCACGUUGGCCUUUAUACAUGUUUGAAUGAACAUGUUGAACUUUAUUUGAACUGUGACAUAGUUAUUAUUAGUUUUGUCAUAAAGAUGUAUUCUUGAUACUUCAAUCGAUUCUGCAUUAGGAGAAUCAUGUAAGAUUUUUACCUUGCUUUUUAUAUUAGAGAAGAUUGUAUAGCAGCAUCAUUGGCGCAGCAGCCUUAAGUAACAGAGAAGGAGCCUUUUGCUGGGAGAAACGUCACCGUUGUCCCGGGCAGAAGGCAUGGAAGAUUCAUAUCUUGUGAAGAAAAUGAUAUUCUUGACUUUCCUUAUCCAGUUGUGGAUUAGCAAAAAUGCUGUUGUAUGCUCUAAUCUCCACCUUCUGUGGAAAAAGAUGGAAACAGUAAGUUCUGUGAUAUCCCUCGGAAGGACAACCAUGGGGCGUAAGCACAUCUGACUGGUGCACACAACCCUAGCUCGGCUUUCAACCCAGGUCGUGGGUUUCAGUUCCUGAGAGGGUUGGGGGAAUGUUUUUCAAAUUUGGAUGUGUUUUGCUGUAGAUGUUGCAAUUCAGUUGAAACAUGUGCCUUGCGAGCUUUUAUUAAACAAACAAACAACUCCACCGGUGUUUCUUGUUGUGAAGGUGCUUCUGUAAGAAAUCCCUGUGCCUCUGAUUCCUAGAGCUUCCGCUGUGUCUCACUGGCUCUGCUUCCAGAGAUGCUCCUGCAGUCAGCGGGUGCAGCUGGAGCGUCUGCCAGCCGUCCUGUUAACAGCUGCUCACUGAGCAGGAUGAGGAUUCACAGAGCAACCCAUGUUGCUGUUUUCCUGGCUUAUAACCCGCAUGCAGUCCUGCCUUCCAAGCAGCGAGGUUACCUGUUAGCUGAUGGAGAAGAGAUGGGUGUUAAUGCCUGUCGAGGUUUCAAACUUACUUCACGGAAGCAGAAGUACCGGUGAUGCUGUACUUGUUAAUGGUAAUGUUUAGCAGUAUCAUAUAUGGCAUCUGGAUAUAUCUGCGUGCAGGUGCUUGAUAGCAAGCCUAAGGAAUCCAGUUCCUCUCAUCCCAUUUGCUUUGUGGAUAGGGAUUUAACCAAAAUGAUGCAUAAAAGGUAAAUAAUAGUAAAUAUUUUUCUCUUGCGACAAACCUGCUGUGCCAAAAAAUUGGAUGGAUGGAUGUGGCUCUGGGCAGCCUGGUCUGGUGGUUGGCGACCCUGCGCAUAGCAGGGGGGUUGGAACUCGAUGAUUGUUGUGGUCCUUUUCAACCCAGGCCAUUCUGUGAUGUUUGGGAUACAAACCAUUUUAUGCUUCCUUUGACAUUCUGAUAGCUUUGUGAGGAAAGAAGACAACAAUUAAUAGUUGAUAAUGAAUUAACCUCUCUCUGUUGCGGUCGUAAGACAAUUUUUGUAUCUGUGCCACCUGGAAAUGAAUUGCUAUGCAACGUCAAAUGCUUAAUGAUUUGUAAUUCACUCAUGUAUCACCUCCUGAAUUUUUACAGCUUGUGAUUGGAGCCUUCUGGGAUUUGAUAUUAGAAUGAAUGCUGACUAUUUUAUAAUAAUUUACUGUAUAACAGUAUGAAAACCUUGAGAUUAUUUUAGCCAGAGUUUCUGAAGACAGUAAAAACAUCAGACGAAAGAAUUGGUCAUACAGCCAGCCUGGUCUAUAAGGUGAGGGUGAAUGUAGGAUCACUGUGGCACUCCCCCUCAUUCAGAAGGCUGGUAAAGGACAGGCAGGAAUGGAGCUCCUCCUCUGUGCUGCACCAGAGGAAGCUCCUACAGAGCCCGGGCCUCAAAAUGGGGUACGAGGAAGAGCUCAUGUUUGCUAGAGAAGGAUCCCAAGGAUGAAUUUCACUGUGAUCCUUCAGCACCAGGAACUGGCAUUGCCCCGAUGCUUUCUGAGGAGCUUGUUCAAUUUCCAUUUGUUCCUUUCCUGUUUCCUGUCAGAGCCAAGAGCCACCUCACUAUUUGUAGUGGGGUUGCCUCUUUGCUUGACACCGCGCCAGGCUCUCUGUGCCUUCGGUUCCACGGGAUGCCCGACUUCCUUUGGAAGAUGGCUGCACGGGAGUCACCCCAUCAGCUGGGCAGCAUCCUGCCAGGGGGAUGCAGUACUGCAUAACCCAGCCGUCCCUGAUGGCCAGGAGGAAAACGACACUCACUGAAGAGACCGAUGGAGGUGUUUUCUUCAUGUUGGCCCUUCUUCAUAGUUGCAAAGAAUCUGCACAGCCUAUUAUAAAUAACUUAUCCCUUUUCAGAAGAUGUAUUUGAUGAGUACGUAACUGCCUGACCCCAGCAAGAGCAAUGCUGAGAGCUGAUCAUCACCGCCACGUGCACCUCCACUGUGCUUGCAUCUCACUGCAGGGUGGGAUUUGUGUCCACCGAUAUAUAUCUGCACGUAUACCCGUUGUCAUUGCAACGACUCUGUGCAAUGGGGUGUUGAGAAUAACACGGCUAAUGCUCAUUGUGUGGCUGGCUCAGAUUAAGGACUACAAUGUAGUUAUCUUUCAGGUGCCUUUCUGAGGGCAGGAAUUCUUCAUGUUGUUUUUAGGUGAGCGUAUAGGGGAUGCACUCAAACCCUGGGGCAGUGAGUUGCCCCUUGCUGGAUCCCUAUGGCCAGCUCUGUGGCGUUACAGCAAACCACUGCUGGAAGUGGUUGGGUUCACAGCCCACCUUCCCAUCCUGAGCAUCCCGGGAUGCCAACAGGAGCCAUCAGCCCAUUGCUUUCCCAGUACACCACAGGAUGCGGUGACCCACUCUGCCCAUUCUCAGCACCAGCACCUGGCUGUCAACUUUGCUGAGUGCCCGCAGUGUUUCCCCAGUGCUGACUGCAACCGCUCCUGGCACUUUAGCACAGCCUGGGUGCAUUAUCACUGAGGUUACGGCACAGCUGCCUGGCCAGCAGCUCCUGCUGCAGCAACCAACGUAUAAACGUGAGCCCAGUGUGGCCAGUUGCAUGCAGAGGCUCAGCAAAAGGACAUCCCUGGGAGAAGGCAGAUUUUGUGCUGCAUAUUAUCCGGAGCGGGAGGCUGCUGGGAUCUGUGCUUGGAGGAAGUGGGUGACUUGGGGUCACACUUGAGUGAGUGGUGGGAAGUGGUUGGCUUGGGGUCACAUUUCUAGCGAUAUGAUGGGAUGUAAUGGCCUCAGGUCGUGCCAGGGGUGGUUCAGGUUGUAUAUUAGGAAAUCAUCAUUCUCAGACAGAGCAGUGAGGCAUUGGCACAGGUUGCUCUGCGUGGUGGGCGGAUGCUGUCCCUGGAGGUGGUCAGGAACUGUGGAGAUGUGGCACUGAGGGACGUGGUCAGUGGGCACGGUGGGGAUGGGCUGAUGGCUGGAUCAGAUUCUCUCAGAGGGUUUUCCACCCUUAACGAUUCUGUUGAUUGCGUUACAACCACCGCGGUGAUCCCACGCCCAGGUCGCUUCCAUCAGGUGUUGUUAUAGCAAGCGCUGCGUUUGUUUCCCUGACUCGGUGGCGCUGCUUCGGUACCGCACUUGAGCAGAGCGCUGUUCCUUUCCCCGGGAUACCCCUCCCAAAGGCUGAAACGUAGUUCGCGCGCUGCGCUGAUCUCCCUCGGAGCUUCCCAUAGGACGCGGCUGCCGGCAGGGUCCGCUCCGCUCGUCCCGGCCCCUCCUCGCUGCCGGGGGGGGCGGGCCGGGCCGGGCCGCACGUGGAAGGGGCUCGGAGCCGCGCCAGCUCGGUGCGAUGCUGGGUGCGGGCGGGCUGCUGCUGGCCCUGCCGCUGCUCUGCGGGGCGGCGGCGGGGCUGGGGGCUCCCCGCCUGCUGCGCUUCUCCGGCCACGUGCCCGAGGACAGCCCGGCGGGGACGCGGGUGCGGGGCGUGCGGGUGCCGCUGCGGGGCCCCGGGGAGCCGCCCGCCCGCUGGGCGCUGCGCGGGGACGGCGCGCACCACUUCUCCCUGCAGCGGCGGCCGGGGGGCGAGCGGGGGGCGCUGGAGGCGCGCACGGCGCGACGGCUGGACCGGGGGGCGCGGGCCGAGUACCGCCUGCUGCUGCGGGCGGCCGUCCGUCCCCGGGCAGCGCUGCUGCGCGUCCGCGUCCUGGCCCGCGACGACCGCCGCCCGCGCCUGCCGCCCGCCGCCCGCCUGGAGCCGUCGCCUCGGGGCAGCGAGCUGGCGCGGCUCCGCUCCUCGGACGGAGAAGAGAGCCCCGAGGUGCCGCUCGCCUACCGCGCCCGGCCGGCGCUGAGCGCGGACUCGCUGCCGGCGUCGCGCCGCCUCAGCCUCUGGGUGUGGGCGCGGGACCGAGGCCGUCCGCGGCGCCUGCUGCCGGCCGUGCGCGGCCCGGGCGAGGAGAGGAGGAGACGGCGGCCGCGCUCGCUGUCCCCCGGCCCCAGGCGGUACGCGGCACGGCUGCCCCCGGGGGCGCGGGUGGGUGACACCGUGUUCACGCUGCCGCGGGGCCGCGACGCCGGCGGAUGGUUCGAGCUGGCGGCCCCCGGAGCUGCGCCGCUCGGCGUGGACCGCGCCUCGGGGCGGCUCUACCUGAGGCGGGAACUGCCGGCCGGGGGCGGCGCCGAGGCGCUCGUCAAGGUGCACCGCGGCGGGGGGAGAGAUGACGACUGGUACCUCUGCCACGUGACCCUCCUGGCCCCAGAAGAGGAGCUCCUGUCCUGGGCCAUGUACCCAUACCCCUACCUGGCACGCGUUGAUCCAGAUGCACGGAAAGGCACUCUUGUCUACCGGCUUGCUGCACGAUACAGCAACAGUGAGAACACCAGUGCUGGUGUAUCUUACACACUGAUUGCAGGUGGCGAAGAGCGAUUUCAGGUUGAUGUGGAUACUGGGAUCAUCGUGACCACGGGCUUACCUCUGGUGUGGAACAAGGAGUACGUGGUCACAGUGCAAGCCUCGGAUGAGUAUGGCAAUAAGAGCCCCUUCGCCUCCAUCUCCAUCCUGGUGGGCUCCCGACCUCCGCAGUUCACUAACAUGUCUUACAGUGUGUUUGUCCCCGAAAACACUCCACCAGGAGAAAAAGUGGCAGUGGUUGAGGCUGUUUCCUUUCAGAGCCAGCCCCUGUCCUACUCACUGCUGACGAACCCCAGUGGGCUGUUCACUGUGAGGCAGGAGAGUGGUGAGCUCCUGCUCACCCACCCUGUGGACUAUGAGGGCGAGCACCACCUUUACCACCUCCUCCUGAAGGCCGUGGAAGCUGAGAGUGCACUGAGCAGUGUGGCUGAGGUUAUGGUUCACAUCACGGAUGAAAAUGACUGUUCUCCUGAAUUCCAGAACUCCAUUUACAGCAGGGACAACAUUCCCGAAACCAUUCCCAUCGGCACAUCUCUCCUGCAAGUGCUUGCGACAGACUGCGACUCUGGCUCCAACUCAGAGAUCUCUUACUUCAUCCAGAGCACUGAUUUUUCCAUCACACGCCACGGGGUCAUCAGUUCUAACCAGAGGCUGAACUUUGAGCGAGCGAACCACAUGUAUGAGUUUGUGGUGAUUGCUGUUGAUAAAGGACACCCCCCUCGGACAGGGACCGCGUCGGUGCGCAUUCAAAUGGCCAACGUGAAUGAUGAGGCGCCCGUGUUCUCCCAGCCUGUUUACAGAACGUUCCUCUCGGAAGAUGCUGGUCCCAGUACAUUAGUGGCUACUGUCCGGGCCAAGGACCCAGAUGGAGAUGGGGUGCUCUAUCUAAUUGCUGGAGGGAAUGAGGAGGGCAAUUUUGAACUGGAUAGUCAGAAAGGUAUCAUUAAGCUCCGCAGAAGCCCUGCGCCCAAUCUGAAAGGGCCUCAAUACAUCCUGAAUAUCACUGCAAUAGAUGACAAUGUCUCCGGGGGACCCACUCCUCUCAGCAGUUUUGCUGAGGUUAUUGUAGGAGUUAAUGACAUUAAUAACAACAAGCCUGUCUUCAGAGAGUGCACUUACUACAGUGACAGCACCUGGGUUCUGGAGAACCAGCCUCCGGGCAUGUACGUGCUGCAAGUAGAAGCCUACGAUGCAGACCUCGGCGUUAAUGGAGAGGUGAAGUAUGGGCUCAUGCACCGCGAUGGAGCUUCCCUGGGCUUCAGCAUUGAUUCGGACACAGGGGUCAUCACCACCACGCGGAGCUUUGACCGUGAGGAACAGAAGGAGCACACCCUGUCCGUCACCGCGACGGACCAAGCGCCGGAGCCGCUGAUCGGCAUCUGUCAGAUCACCGUCCUGAUCGCUGAUGUCAAUGACAACGAUCCCAAGUUUGAGAACAGUCGCUACCAGUAUUUCCUCAGUGAAGAUACUCCCAUAGGGACGAGUUUCCUUCGUGUCACAGCUCAUGACAGUGACCAAGGUGUGAAUGCUGCCAUCACAUAUUCCAUGUUAGCGCAUCAAGUUCAGUACUUCCAGAUCAAUCCCAGCACGGGCUGGGUGUAUGUGAACCACCGGAUCUCCCAGACAACACGCAUCAGUCACUAUAUUGUAGCAACGGAUGGGGGCAACAGGAGCAGCACGGUGGAGCUGACCGUAACCAUCACCAAUGCACUCAGCCAGCCACCCCGCUGGGAGCAGAGCAGAUACUGGGUAACAGUCCCUGAAAACACCAUCCGUGACACCAGGAUAGUGACUAUCAAAGCCACGUCCCCUCUUGGAGAUCCCAGGGUUACAUAUAACCUGGAAGAGGGUCAAGUUCCAGAGACAAACAUGCCAAUUCGUUUCUACCUGAGGCCAAAUAGAGCUGACGGAUCUGCUUCUCUUCUUGUUGCCGAACCACUUGACUUUGAGACAACCAAGUUCUUCAGCCUAACAGUCCGGGCACAGAAUGUGGCAAUGAUUCCCCUAGCUUCUUUUACCAUUGUUUAUGUUAAUGUAACAGAUGUCAACGAUAAUGUUCCAUUCUUUGUGUCUUCCAACUAUGAGGUGUCUGUACCUGAAGGAGCUGAUGUUGGCACAUCGGUGGUUCAGGUUUUAGCGACAGACUUGGAUUCAGGUCUUCAUGGACAGGUUCGCUACUUUAUAUUGAAGGAUGCUAGUGAGGACUACCAGUUCUUCACCAUUGAACCUGAGACAGGAAUUAUUUCCACCCAUGCAUCUUUUGACAGAGAGAAAAGAGCCUCUUAUUUGAUUGAAGUUCAAUCUCAGGAUUCUUCAGAAUCUGCCAGACCUGGUGUCCAUGGGCAGCCCAACACAGACACAGCCUAUGUAAGGAUUUUUGUUAGUGACGUGAAUGACAACGCCCCAGCAUUUCCUCAGCCUGUGUAUGAGGUCAGCGUAGAUGAAGACAGGGAUGUUGGAAGUCCUGUUGUGACAGCAACGGCAGAUGAUCGAGAUGAGGGUGCAAAUGCCAAACUCAGGUAUCAGAUCACAUCAGGAAACACAAAAGGAGUUUUUGAUGUGGAACCUGAGGCUGGUACUGUCUUCAUCGUUCAGUCUCUGGAUUAUGAAGAAGAACAACGUUAUGAGCUUCGACUUGUAGCAUCUGAUGGAAAAUGGGAAAAUCACACCCUUAUCAUCAUCAAUGUUGUCAAUAAGAAUGACGAAGCACCAGUCUUCACUCAGAAUGAAUACCACGGCAGCAUCCUGGAGGAGCUCACAGAUCUGCCUGUAUUUGUUCUAAAGGUUUCUGCAACAGACCCCGACCAAGAAGCAGAUCAAAAUGCUCUUAGCUACUCCCUGCAUGGACAGGGAGCUGGGAGUGAGUUCAGCAUCAAUGAGAACACAGGUGAGAUCAGUGCAAACAGAAGAUUGGACCGUGAGAAACGAUCAACGUGGCGCUUUCUUGUUCUUGCAACAGAUGAGAGUGGAGAGGGACUGACUGGCUUUGCAGAUGUGGUCAUAGAAGUGAGGGACACGAAUGACAAUGCACCCCUUUUUCUCUGUGUGUCAGAUGAUUGUUUCAUGGGUUAUGUCCCUGAGGAUUCCCCAGCAGACACGGCUGUCAUGGAGAUGACAGCAGUGGACCUUGAUGACCCAAAGGCCAGCACAAAUGCUGUGCUAACAUACCGAAUCAUUCAGAAUGUCCAAAAUGAAAUAAACCUGAACUUGUUUUCAAUUAACCCAGUUAGUGGCACCAUCUGUACCGUGCUUGGGUCCCUGGAUCGGGAGAAGGUAGACAAGUACCUAUUAGUGGUUGAGGCCAGAGAUGGAGGAGGACUCACUGGGACAGGCACUGCCACUAUUCUGGUGACUGAUGUAAACGAUCAUGCUCCCGUCUUCCUGCAAAGGAUCUACACAGCAUUUGUCUCUGAGAAUGCGAGUAUUAACACUGAGGUUGCAGUGGUGUCUGCUAUGGACAGAGAUGAGGGAGAAAAUGCCAUGGUGACAUUCAGCAUCCUUGACGGUGACAAUGACCGCAAGUUCUCCAUAGAGACAGAUAAAGGCAACAACUGUGGGUUUAUCCGUCUAAGAAAGCAGAUUGAUUUUGAGAAGCCUCAUGAGAGGGUGUUUAAUUUGACUCUGAAAGCUGAGGACAUGGAUUUCUUCAGCAUUGCUCAUUGUGUGAUCUAUGUGGAGGAUGCCAACGACCAUGCUCCUGUCUUCUACCCCCAGUUCUAUGAAGUGGCAUCUCUGGCAGAAGAUGUGCCUGUAGGCACCAAAGUUGUUCAAGUUUCUGCUGUUGACUUGGAUUCUGGCCUGAAUGGCAGGUUCUCUUUCCACCUGCUAAACAAGUCUGAUCCAGGUGGCCAGUUCUCUGUGGCUAGUGAUGGCUGGGUGAUAGUUGCAGGAGUGCUGGAUCACGAGACAGUGACACAAUACCAGCUCAUUGUCAUUGCCACCGAUAUGGGGCAGCCCCCUCUGGCUUGCAGUGCCACAGUUCUAGUGACUCUGCAGGAUGUAAAUGACAAUGGGCCAGAGUUUGAGGCUCAUUAUAACCCAGUGGUCUGGGAGAACACAGCUUCUCCGCAGUCUGUCCAAAUGAAUGAGACCUCUACUUUGCUGUAUGCAAAGGAUCGUGACACUGCUGCUAAUGGAGCGCCUUUCUCCUUUCAUUUACUCAGCAAUUUCGAUAGUCUUGGUAACUUCCACUUGCAGGAUUUCCAUAAUGGCAGUGCCUUGCUUACUGCGCUGCAUACCUUUGACAGGGAAGUGCACAAGGUCUUCCACCUGCCCAUUCUGAUCACAGACAGUGGGAUUCCACCCAUGAGCUCCACCAACACGUUAACUGUGAAUAUUGGGGACCAAAAUGACCACCCGCAUUCUGCUGGCUACAUGGAAUGUCUCAUCUACAGCUAUGAUGGUAUCCUGCCCACGACCGUCCUGGGUCAAGUCCUUGCCCCUGAUGAGGAUGAUUGGGAUCGUAAAAUUUACCAAUUUGAAGGAAAAACAUCAAGGUACUUUAUCCUUAAUGAUAACUCAGGUUUGCUAACUAUUAAAGAAGGAACCCCACCGGGAACAUACAACAUAAAGGUUAGAGUCAUCGACGGUGUUUGGCCAGAUGUUGUCUCAACUGUAAAGGUUAUAGUGAAGGAAAUCAAAGAUGAUGCCCUCCAUAAUGCUGGUUCUUUACAAAUCAAAGAUACCACCCCAGAGGAGUUCAUAUCCCAAUUCCCUGAAAAAGAGAGUAAAUACAACCAGUUGAAGAAGCUGCUCUCAGAAAUCAUAUCAGUCCAACUUGAAAAUGUUCACAUUUUCAGUGUACUAAAGUCAAGUCAAACACGAGGGGUUGAUGUUUGGUUUGCAGUUUAUGGUCCACCCUAUUAUAAAGCAGAAAAACUUAAUGGCAAUGUAGCAGCCUCCAGAGCGUGGCUGGAAAACAUCUUGGAUAUAAAUAUCACCCAGAUUGGCAUUGAUGAAUGUGUGACCGCAAACUGCACUCAUAGCAGCGGAUGCAUCAGCAAGUAUGAGCACAGUCAUGUGCCAACGAUAACCACAGCUGGAAGCAUUUCACUGGUGUCUGUGACAGUCCUGAGCAGUGCCCUGUGUAGCUGUGCGGCUCGGGAGAGUCCUCAUCUCUCCUGUUCCUCUUACCAGACAAACCCAUGUCUGAAUGGCGGCACGUGUGUGGAUACUGAUUUGGGCUACAGAUGCAGGUGUUCUGCUAAUUUCCACGGACCAGACUGCCAGCAGACAAAACACAGCUUUAAGGGCCAUGGCUAUGCCUGGUUCCCUCCUCUUAAGCCUUGCUUUGAGAGUCGCAUCUCCUUAGAGUUCAUCACUGAAGUCGCAGAUGGCCUUCUGUUGUACCAGGGACCAGUAGCACGAGGGCAGCCUGGACAGCUGGAAGAUUUCAUUGCAUUGGAGCUGUCUGGUGGUGUCCCAGCACUGACUGUGAGCCACAGCUCUGGUGAGCUUUUCCUCCAGCUGUCCAAAAAAGUUAACGUCGCAGAUCGCCGCUGGCACAAUAUAAAAAUUAAAAGUGAUGGAAAGAAAGUGAAGCUGGUUCUUGACCACUGCACAAAUGGCUCAGUUAGACACAGUGGCAGUGUUGAUAAGAAGAUCUCUCAAGUGGAUCUGUCUGCCUGUGAAGCCUCUGAAGAGACUAUGGGAACUUGGAGCAUGAGCAGGAUCUUCAGUGGUCACCAGCCCCUACAGCUGGGUGGAGUUAAGAAGAUUUUGCCUUACCGUGACUCACAGAAGCGCUUCAGAGGGUUUGUUGGCUGCAUACGCAAUGUCGUUGUUGACACUAAGGUUUAUGACUUAGAGCACCCUGCAGAGUCUCUGAACAGCUCUCCAGGAUGCAUCCUCACAGAUGAAAUGUGUCAGAGUGCUGGGAUGGUCUCCUGUGGUGUCCAUGGCAGGUGUGUUGGUGACUGGGGCUUCUUUCACUGUGACUGUGCCCCAGGAUAUGCUGGACCAGCAUGUGACAAAGGAUCUUAAUAAGACCAUGCUGUAUUCUGGGAAUGUUUUAGAUCUGCAGUGAAGUAAAGAUCCUUCUAAAUCUUGUUGAAUGAAGGUAAUGACACGGAUGAGGGUCUUCUGCUUUACUUUGUGGAGUAGGCAAAUGGUCAAAUGCAUUGUUUUGCCUUUUUCAUCACAUGGCACCUUAUUUCUCAGUGGUUAAAGAUGAAAAAAAAUUGCACUGUGCAUUCUUCCUCUGACCAUACUGAUCAAAAGUUUAUUUUAAUAAAUGUGGUACUGUUUGUCAUCUUGCAGUGGUCUUAAGAGUGAUUAGGUGCCAGCUUGGAAUGUUCUCUCUGUGAAACCUGGGGACACAAACCUCAAGUCCUCCGGCCCAAUUUUUUAUCCAUAAAAGGGGGAUAAUUGCAUUUUCUUCUGCCACUGGAAUGAAUUGAAGGUUGUGUAAUGCCAUUAGACCACAGCAAUGGGUUCGUGUAGGGACAUAAAGCGAGGACAGCUCCAACAAAUGUGUUAUCCUGUGCAAAAUCAGCAUGAAAUGUGCAUCAGAGAACAAAAGCAUGCAAGAGGCGAUAAUGAAAACCUUUGAUGCAUUGUAAGAAAGUACAAAGUUUUAGCAACAUUCAAAAAUCUAAAAAAUGAAGUCUUUAAUGUGUGAAGUGCUUCUAAUAGCCCUCAGCCAUGUUCAGGGCGCAGAUGCUUGAAUUGACACUGACUUCCUCAUCUUAAUACCUUCAUCAGCCAUUGCUUGGAAGCACAAACCAGACAUGAGGUGCUUAUUGAGACUAUCUGCCAUGUGCCUGCCUUCUGGCUAUAGGUACAAGAUAGGAACAGUGAAGUUAGUUGUAACAGUCUCUAUCAAUACCAGUGCCCCAUAACAUCUGGGGCUUUGUGUGGUGUUGGAGGGGAACUAGCCCCCUCUGCACCUUAACCUGAAUGAGAAGCACUGAUUAGUUGGAAAGGAGUAUAUGAUAGGUAGCACUGAAUCAAUGUGUUGAGAUUAAUAUGCAUGACUGGUGUAUUGCACGUACCCUUUCAAUUUAAUGGUCUUACUUUUCCAUCCUGCAUACAGAAUAAUAAUACCCUGCAAGCAGACAGACCCUUUCUUCCUUUCUCCACCUCCCACACAAGACUUAAAAGGUGACAUUAAAUGACUCAGUGGAAGCUUGCCUGAUGCGGUGAGGACUGGAGUCACACUUGGCAGCACGUUCUAGGCCUGGAGCCCUUAUUGUUUAGAGUUUAUAAUGACCACGUAAAUGGUCAAUAUAGUUCAGUAAUUUGUAUUAAUGUUUUGCAGAUAUAUGAUACUGGUUUAUAAACAUCUGCCUAGAUUUAAUUCUCAUUCUGUUUUGCCUUAUAUUGGGAUGCUGAUUCAGAAACCCAACUGCCUAUUUGAUAUAGCUGUAUUGGUUUCUACUUCUUACCACUGUGGGAGAAACCAACUGCUCAGAAACUAGUUGUUUAAAAUGCACAGGUCAUACCCUGAUGUGUUAGGAAUACUCCAUUUGGUUCUGGUUUCUUCUAACAUGCUGGGCUGCAAAUACAAGUGCUGAGCUAGACAAAAAAAAAGGGUUAUUGAGCUCAGUGUAGGAGUGACUGGGCAGAACGCGUAGUCUAUGAUAGGCAGAAUGUCUGCUUGUUCUUCUCCUGCCUAAACGUUUUUAUUCUUGGUUUGUUCUUUUCUUCUUAAUUCUGUUAAGUAAGGGAGAUACGUGCAUAUGUGAGUUUAAUUGUUUGGAGUGGGGGAGUGCUUUCCAGAAUGCUUCAUUACUUUGUGAAAGUUUCUUAAGAACUGAAAUUCUGAUGUUCGGAACUGGUUAAUUCUCGAGCACUGAAGCUCUGAAGGAGCAGCAAUUUCUGAGAUUUUCUCUUUGCUUUGGUGCAUGUUGUGAGUAGUUCUUCCAGAAUGGGCUUUUGGAAGGGACAGCUGGAUCCAUUACGAGCCAAGGAAUACCCUCAGCACUCUCAGCACUCGGAUCCAGCUGAUGGU